AGACAUCGAAGUGUACUCGCCCCGCUUUCAAUCUUGAACGCCUUCUCGCUGCGUGCACCAGUAGCCAUCGUUCUCUCUUGUAAAGCAAAACGAGCUACCACACGAAUUACGAAGAAGAGAGGAAGGAGGGCCAUGUAUCGAUGCCAGUCUGCACACAAGCUCGUGGAGCUCGAUGCACGCUUUCACCUCUUCGCGCGAUUCCACCCCCACACCGUCGUCGACCUCGCUGCGGCGCCGGGUGGCUUUGCGCAGGUGGCGCUUGAGCGGAUGCAGAGCGCGGCGCCGCAAGCACCGUCCUCCUCACCCGUGAUAGAACCACCUCCCAUGGUCAUUGCCGUGGACCAGCGACCCAUUCAGCCGCUUCCUGGUUUGGUGACGGUGCGGGGAAACAUCCUUCAGCAUCAGCAGAUGCUCCAAUCCGUCCAGCGCACACUCCACCCGACACCGUCGAGGUCGAGCGCCGCUGCGGACGUGGGCCCGCCGAGAACGGUCGACAUGGUCCUCCACGACGGCGUCUCUGUCGUGAAGGGCCAGCACGCCUUCUCCGUCACGUACGCGCAGAACCAAAUGGCGCUGAGUACGCUGCUGUUGGCGAGUAAAAUGUUUCUCCAGUUCGGUCCAGCACACGACAAGGGUGAGACACGAAAGGGCAAUCGAACCGAACGGGAGAUGAAACCGCAUACCGAUUCACCGUCCUCUUCAAAUGCCACGACGCCCGGCAAUCGUACGGCACCCUCAGCGCACCCAACUUCCGCUACGCUGCCGGUGUGCUUCGUGUCCAAGCUUCUUCGCUCCUUGCACUCCGCACAAGUGGUAGCAGCCACCAGCGCCCUCUUCCGUUAUGUGUCAGUCGUGAAGCCGCAGGCCUCGCGGGCGGAGAGUCAGGAGACGUAUAUCGUGGCGAUGCACUUCCAGCCGCACCGCUGGCAGCAACUCGUGAACUUCGAGCGACAUCACGGUCAUCGCGAAGCGGAGACGAGAGAGAGGUCGAGGAGCAAAUGGAUGCCGAAGCGCCACUCAUUGGAGAUCAAUCCCUCGCUGUUUAGCAUGCCCCCUGCGGUGGAAGACUGCGGAGAUGCGCGUCGUAUGGUGUGGAGCUGUCUGGGCUGUGGGCGGACCUGCAUGGGAGUGCAGCCGUGUGUUCAGUGCGGUGCGUUUGCCUCUGCCAGCCGUGCCGGCUGUCAUCGCGGGACCUAA